AUAUCCAAUAACAGUUCAUUGUACAACUGGAAUUGGUCGUUCAGCAACAUUUGUUGCUAUUGAAUUGGUACUUGAAAUGUUAAGUAAUGGACAACAUUGUAUUAUGGCUGAUUUAUUGUCGAAUUUACGAAAGCAACGAGCACAAGCUGUUAAU